AUGGUCUUCUCAACCUUCAUCGCCCUCGCCCUCUUGGGCGCCCCACUGGCAGCGAGUCAAUCAUUCCAGUCAACGCCUGUAAUGGGAUGGAACUCCUACAACCAAGUCUCUUGCAGCCCGAACCACGACAAGAUCGAAGCCGCGAUCAACUCUUUGGCAAGCCGAGGUUUCGUCGAUGCAGGCUACAAGUUCUUCCAAAUCGACUGCGGCUGGGCUUCCAGAGACGGACAGCGCAAUGACACUUCUGGCGCCUUGAAGAUCAACUUGGAUGCGUUCCCGCAGGGUCUUCAGCCGUUGAGCGACCUCGCGCGGUCGAAAGGCAUGAAGUGGACAAUGUACUCUGACGCCGGAGAGAAAAUGUGUGAUCCGGAAGUUCCCAGUCCCGUCGCCGGCUCUCUCGGUCACGAGGCCGUUGAUGCGGACUUCUUCAAGAGUCUAGGCACUGAAUAUGUCAAGUACGACAACUGCUAUGCUUCUGGAUCUAGUGCGGACGACAACGCGCCAAAGUCCGCCAGAGACGACUUCGUGACUCGUUUCACGACCAUGUGGAAGGAGCUUCAACGAGUCGGCAUCCCCGGUAUGCUUAUCUGCCAGUGGGGAGUCCCGUUUUCGUCGUCAAGUGGUCUCCAAGGACCUGCACAGUGGACCAAGGGCCUUUCCACAUCAUUCCGACUGUCUGAUGACAUCGCCACCGGCUGGGGCAACGUCUACCGCAUCUACAACCAGGCAAUUCACAUCGCAAAGUCGGGUAUCAUUGGGCCAGGACACAUUGCCGAUGCUGAUCUGCUGGAAGUCGGCAACAGUGGCAUGACUUUUGACGAACAAGCCACGCAUUUUGCCUCAUGGGCAAUGCUCAAGUCUGCCCUCAUGAUCUCCACCGAUCUCGCCGCGUUGUCUGACGAAACCGUCGCCCUCUUGCAGAACAAGGACCUGAUCGCCAUCAACCAAGACCCUGCAGUUAAGCCGAUCCAGCUUGUUCAACGCUGGACCGGAGACCGGGACCUCUGGGCCGGAGACCUCGACAACGGUGACGUCGCCGUCCUCGUUGUGGACCUCACCAACACUGCCCGUACUCUAGACGUGCAACUUUCGCAACUUAACAUUAAAUCUGCCACGAUCAAGGAUCUUUGGGAUUGGAAGACGGUUGAUGGUGCGACCAGCUUCUCCAAGCAGGUCAACGCCCACGGAUCUCUCGCCUUGCGUCUUUCCAACGUUAAGCGAGCCUCGGCUCCCGCAGCUAGCUACACCUACGUAUCCGCUGCAACCGGCUCCUUGUCGUCUGGCGCGAACACCCAGUCUUGCUCUGGUUGCGCAACCUCCAACAAGGUCGGUAACCUAGGUGGAUCUUCCGGAGGCCGUGUCGUUCUGUCAAACAUCCGGACUUCACAGGCGAAGCAGAACGUGCUGUUCGACUUCAUCAACGGUGACGUCGGAUACCUCGGCGGGGGUAACAAUGAGCGUACCGCGUCAGUGACCAUCAACAACGGCGCUGCGGUGACGGUUAGCUUCCCUUUGAGCGGUUACAACUGGGAUACCGAUGUCUUCAAGGGCUACGCAGUUGAGUUGUCGGGAUUCGAUGUCAAUGGCCCGAAUACUAUCAGCAUAUCUGGAGUUGAUGGUGGAUUUGCACCGGACUUGGACAGGGUUGGAGUGGUGGCAUGA